AUGGUGAUACUGGAUGAAUAUUCUCGACACGAGUCGGAGGAACCCAGAACUUUACAUUUAAGCAACGACACUAUUAAUGACAACAGCAAUAAUGAAAUGCAUGAAGAAUACAACCAUAGUAUAGAAGGCUUGCAUUUAGAUAGAGACCACCCGUUUAACUAUUCCGCUCAAGGAAGCUCUACAGACAUCAAUACGCGUUCCGAAGGAGCUGGACACGAAUCUGGUUCGUUUGAUCUUGAAAUGCAACAAAUGGCAUCCUUUGAAGUCAGACAAGAACGGGAACGAUUGGAGAAUGAAGCUAUUGGAGGAAGAUUAUCACGAUGGCUUCAACGUAUUAUACCCGUAAGACAAACUUAUGAACGGUUACACAACGGGAUUAAUACUGGACGGUUGGUUUCAAAUCAACCAGGACGAUUCAUAGGACAAGGAACUGAUGGAGUAUUUCGAAACUUGAUGGCGAAACCUGACACUGAUAGACAAGAACAAGAAGUUAGUCCUCCCCUGUAUGAAGAAGCUGCUGCUGAUGCUGCUCCUGAGUAUUGGGAAUCUACUAUUAUUUCACCCAUGUAUGAAGAUGAAGUAUUUGUCAAAGGGUUACCUGUUGGAAGUAUAGCCAAUUUCAUGUGGAAUAUCUUGGUUUCCAUAGCGUUUCAAUUUGUUGGGUUUAUACUUUGUUACUUAUUACAUACGUCACAUGCCUCCAAACAAGGUGCUAGAGGAGGCAUUGGGAUUACACUUGUGAUGUAUGGCUACAAUAUUGUACCUAAGAACUUUGGGCAUGUGGAUCAAGUCCCCCAUCGAUAUGUUCCUAAAGAUCCCAACUCAUAUGAUAUUGAUAAAUCUGUGAGUAUAAAGGGAGGACUUGAUUCUUAUAGUUCUGAUCAAUUUCAACAAUUCAAAAAAGUGGUUCCCAACGAUUCGUUCAACAGUGCACCCUAUUUGGCUUAUGGGACCAUAGCAUUGGGGUUGCUAAUCAUAAUAAAGCUGUUGGUUGAUUAUUAUAAGGUUAAGUUAUUAGAGCGGAAAAUGUUGGCGCCUCAAACAGAACAAAUCAAUCUGGUAACCGCGCUAGCUGAAUAG